AGUGUGCUCUGAGACAGAGUGGGCGCCUCGACAGGGCUGCACUGCAAAAACACAGAGGGGGGGAAGAGGGUUGAGAGAGAACGAAGGGGAGAGAGAGAGAGAGAGAGUCAGGGACGGCGCUAGAAAAGGAGAGCACAAAGAGGAGGAAAGUGAAGCAAGGGAGGGGAUUUGAAAACUCGGGUGAAGGGGAAGAGAGGGAGAGGGAAAGACAAAAGAAAGCGAGGGAGACGUAGUAGGAGCAGGGGGAAGCGAGGGGACAGCGCAAAUGGCUACGGAGGACACGGCGGGGGGAGCGCGCAAAGCCACCAAGAGCAAACUGUUUGAGUUCCUGGUCCAUGGAGUGCGUCCUGGAAUGCCAUCUGGAGCUAGGAUGCCCCACCAGGGAGCCCCCAUGGGCCCCCCCGGCCCCCCGUACAGUGGGAGCCCUACGGUGCGGCCCGGCCUGCCCACCCCAGUCAUGGAGCCCAGCCGCAAGAGACCUGCCCCCUCCCAGCAGAACCAGCAGCAGCAGAACGUACAGAACCGGGCCAGAAAGAAGCCAGUGGGAUUCCCUGGAGCCAAUGAGAUGCCAGCGAGGCAGAUGGACAUGAGAGAUGCCCAAUCAGAUCCAACGCUCGGAUCAAACGCCAAGAGAAGGAAAAUGGCAGACAAGAUUCUCCCACAGAGGAUCCGUGAGCUGGUCCCUGAGUCACAGGCUUACAUGGACCUGCUGGCCUUCGAACGUAAACUGGACCAGACCAUCAUGCGUAAACGGGUGGACAUCCAGGAAGCCCUGAAGAGACCCAUGAAGCAAAAGCGUAAACUGAGGCUCUACAUCUCCAACACCUUCAACCCUGCCAAGCCCGACGCUGACGACUCGGAUGGCAGUAUUGCAUCAUGGGAGCUGCGGGUUGAGGGGAAGCUACUGGAUGAUCCUGGGAAGCUGAAGAGGAAAUUCUCCUCUUUCUUCAAGAGCCUGGUGAUUGAGCUGGACAAAGACCUAUACGGUCCUGACAACCACCUUGUAGAGCUGCUGACCAGUAAAGCGAAGCGAUUCAGCCUUCCAAAAGACAACAUACUCAAAGGGUCGAGAGCAAGGCUGCUCGUUGAAAGUUGGCACCGCACUCCCACCACCCAGGAGACGGACGGCUUCCAGGUGAAGCGGCCAGGGGACGUGAGCGUGCGCUGCACACUGCUGCUAAUGCUGGACUACCAGCCCCCCCAGUUUAAACUGGACCCUCGUCUGGCUCGGCUGCUGGGUAUCCACACCCAGACCCGCUCCUGUAUCAUCCAGGCCCUGUGGCAGUAUGUCAAGACCAACAAGCUGCAGGACUCCCAUGACAAGGAGUACAUCAACUGUGACAAGUACUUUCAGCAGAUCUUUGACUGCCCGAGGCUCAAGUUCUCAGAGAUCCCCCAGCGUCUCACCAACCUCCUCCUGCCCCCUGACCCCAUCGUCAUCAACCACGUCAUCAGUGUGGACCCUAAUGACCAGAAGAAGACGGCAUGCUAUGACAUUGACGUGGAGGUGGAGGACCCCCUGAAGAGCCAGAUGAGCAGCUUCCUGCUCUCCACCGCCAACCAGCAGGAGAUCGCCUCAUUGGACAACAAGGUGGGACAACCACACAGGAAGGAUAGCCAAUCACAAUUACCCAAGAUGACCUUAAAGAUCCAUGAGACCAUUGAGUCCAUCAACCAGUUGAAGAUCCAGAGGGACUUUAUGCUCAGCUUCUCCAGAGAUCCUAAAGGCUACAUCCAGGACUGGCUCAAGUCCCAGAGCAGAGACCUGAAGAUGAUGACAGACGUGGUGGGGAACCCAGAGGAGGAGAGGAGGGCGGCGUUUUACCACGAGCCCUGGUCCCAGGAGGCCGUCAGUCGCUACUUCUACUGCAAGAUCCAGCAGAGGAGACAGGAGCUGGAGCAGGCCUUGGCCGUGAGGAACACCUAAACGCCAUCUCGGACGUCACGCUGCACUCUUCAUCUGACCCCAGACCUGUGUUUGUUAUUUGUUUUGUUGCUUUCUUCACAUUACUGUAGUACUGUGACCCGUGGCUUCUGACCCAUCCCCAAUCGCAUGUAUCUAAAAAAAAAAAAUUUAACAAUCUGUUCAUCUCUGAUGGACAUGACCGGGCAUCUCUCUCCACACUCCUGGAAUCCCAGGCCCACAGUUGGUUACUUUUAAUGUCACCCACUAGCAUGUCAGUCUUUCCAUAGAGACUACAAGUCAUUGUACCAGCUGCCUGCAGAAUGAUCACUGUGUCUUGGAUCCUUCUCAUCUCAACCAGAUGGACUGAAUCCAGCAGUACUGUACAUAAUCGAACGGUCCUAAUGGUCCACUGCAUCUCAUUCAUGAGUCCAAAGUGGCUGUUUGUAACCUAAUGUUUCAAGUGUCUUGACUCUCACACCGUUUGGAUUGUGUACAUUUGUUUUUAGUGUAUCAUUAGCUGUAUGGUUCGUGUGUGUGUGUGUGUGUGUGUGUGUGUGUGUGUGUGUGUGUGUGUGUGUGUGUGUGUGUGUGUGUGUGUGUGUGUGUGUGUGUGUGUGUGUGUGUGUGUGUGUGUGUGUGUGUGUGUGACCAAAUGAACACCAGCGGAAUGAAGAUUACAGUAUGAAGUAAUGGGUCGUGGGACUGGGCUCAUUUCUCUUCUGAAGCCCAAAUGUUGAUGUCUGUCAUUUUAAAACAUGAAUUCGUUCAAGGUAGGCAGCUUUCAUGAAUUAGAUUUGCCCUCAUUAUAAACUAAUCUAAAAUGCAAUCUUAAGAUUAGCUUAAUUUCGUUCAACUUUCUUCUGUAAUUUACUUAAAACAAUGUAACAGUAUAAGUAGAUCUCUGUAUUAGUCCAUAUGUAUUUCAGCAGAUUGUUAAAAGGGACAAUGACAAUUAACACCAAUAUCUGCUGGCUGUAGAAAGGAUAGAUGGUGACAGGAUGAGUAAGCGCAAGGUGAAGUACUGUGGUAACACUUGGCAGCCAUAGCGUGGAGCCUUGGAGUCAGUACACCCUGUAUGCUUUUACACAGACUAGCUCUCUGUAACAAAGCACCCAGACGGACUUGUCGCAGCAAAUUGCCAUGCAAAUGGAUUAGCUUUAGUGGUUAAUUGUUUGUGCUGCUUCAUUGUCCUGUCAUAAUAACGCUACCAAAGUCAUGUCUGGGAACAGUAUUAGCUACAGAUCUCUCCCAAUACUCAAGCCAGUGUUUUUAAUAUUAACGAUGGACACAUUUUGGAAUAUGAUGUAACCAACACCAUUUCCUAUGUUGAACAAUCAUGGGGCGGGCAGUGAAGCUGCAGCCACAACAUCUGUACAUUGCCUGCUGUGAAAAAUGUUGGCCGGUAACUAAUUAUAUUAUUUGAAAUGAAUGAAGAAAUGGGUCUUUGUUCAUUGUAUUUUUUUAGUUAACUAACAUCUAUUGUGAACUACUUGUCCCAAAUGGAUCUGCCUGACAGUAUUUUGUCCUUGACCAUUUUGACGGAGUCACCAAAGGUCUCGAUAAGAGUAUUAUACUAGUUAAAAUAGACAAUGAACAAUGGUUACUGUGAUUGUGUCUCAGCUCGAUAAAGCUAUGUUACCAGUUGAAACUGAAGGGUGAAUAUGAAGACAUUUUUAAGGGAUAUGUGAAUGUAAAUAUCAUUUUUUUCCCUUGAUGGCAACUGUACAGCCUACGACUUGUCUGUUUGUGUGUUUCGUUUAGGGAACGGCGGGACAUAUGGGGUGGGAAGGAUUGGGUUUCAUAGGUUUAAAGCUGUAGGACAGGGAUGCUAGUGUCCCUCUAUGUACACUUGGGAUGGGGGGGGUAUUUUAGGUCCUUGUUGAGUUAUAAUGGGGCGGAACAAUAUAAUUGAAUGCUGGGAGUGAUGAUGCCUCCAUCUCGCCACAUACAAGGCUUGCUCAUCUCUAACUACCACAGCAACUCCGUUCUGUGCCAUUCUAGUUUUGUCUGUGUCAUGGGAGAAGCCUUUUCGGUUUCUGAUUUGAAAUCGACACGGCUGUCUUCUGUAACGUUCAGACUUGUGUCCUUGUUACAUUUGUUUUGUGUCAAGAUGCUCUUCAACAUGGCUGAGAGCUCCUAUACUAAGCAUAAACAGAGGUUGCGUUUCAUAAAGACCUAGGCAUGCUGCAUGGACAGGUUUUAUACAUUUCAAACAGGACAUGUAAAUACCCUCACGAAUGCAUGGAAGCGGAUCUGAAGAGCACUGGAUUUGACACUAUCUUUUGUGAAUGGGGCCUUUUUCAACCAUUUGCUAAAAACCUGUAUGCUACCCAGCCAGCAUAGAUGUUAUCUGCAUAUGAGAGUUUUUGUCACUACAGGUUCCAUGUAUGUCAACUUCACCAAUCAAAGGAGCAUACUAGUUGUUGUAUUCAAUUGUGUCAAUCGAUACUUGUUUGACCCAGAUGUUCUUGUAUGUUUGGCAGUCAUGGAGCAUCUUUGACUGUUGGGCACCCCUUGCUGGGCAUUCUAGAAACUACAACUCACUGACACCCUCUGUCUGAUAAUGGAAACCUAUCAUUUGACUAAUAUAAAAAGACUGUACUUAAA